AUGGUUCCGGCUGAUGAUGAUGCCGCCGAUGGCCACCGGAACGAAAAAGAGAAAGAGAAUGCCGGCAGUCUGAUUCAUGAGUUCAAUCAUCUGCCCGGCAGAGAGGGUUUCGCUGCGCUGACUGCCCCACACCAGGAGAUUCAUUUUCCCGGCGACAGUGACGUGUAUGGCCGGAAAAUCAACGAUGCCCCACAAAUAAUAGAGCAGCACGCAAUACCCGUAGAACAGGGAAGGAUGUAUUGCCCAGACGACAACGCAGACCAGAGCAAUGCAGAUGAGGAUCAUCAUGCCGGAAUCGUUACCCUGCUGAGGGAUGAAAUUUUAUCUGUGUUGCAGAUCCUGAAAGAAGUGGGUCCAAAUCUUGGACGACCUUAUGUUGAUACGCUAAAGGGAUCAAAGUACCCCAAUAUGAAAGAAUUGCGGGUACAGUUUGCAGGUGAGCCGAUUAGGACGUUUUUCGCUUUUGAUCCAAACAGAAUGGCCAUUGUACUGUGUGCCGGUAAUAAAGCUGGCCAGAAUGAAAAACGAUUCUACAAAGAUAUGAUUAACCUUGCUGAUUCAGAGUACAGCAAACACAUUAGAAAAUAA